UUCCUCAUCUUAAUUUCCUCGUUGGUUCUAGUCUGAUUCAGUACUGCAAUGGUACAUAUAAUAAUUUCAGCACUGGUGAUCUGCUUGCUUACAGCUGUUAAAGCAUCUCAGAUAGACAAUGUAUCAGCUCAACCAGGAGAGAAUGUCACUAUUUGCUGUCAACACAACUCAAAAGCUGGAAGAAACAUACACUGGUUCAAGCAAACAAAGAGUUCUGUACCUAUUGCCAUUGUAUACAUGAUGAUAAGCUACGAGCUUAAGGAACUGCAUACUAAUUAUUUAAAUGGUUUUCAACAAGAUCAUCUGCUGAUGUCUCUGAACACCAAAAACACCUCCCUACGAAUUUUAAAUGUGGAUGUUUCUGAUUCUGGUCUGUACUUCUGUGGUUGGAACUCUUGGAUGAUGACAUUUGGUGAUGGAACGCAGCUAGAAAUUAAAGAUCUGAACAAGAGGCCGAUUUCUACAAGAGACUGUUCUGAAAACAUCUUUUAUAAGCUGACCUUUAUUUUUGGUGGUAUUAUUUUUAUUCUUACCAUCAUUCUGCUCACCACGCUCAUGAUUAAGAUACAGAACAGAAACACGCAGGGAAAAGAUGCAGAUGGCCAUGAAACACAACAGCAUGAGGAGCCUCAUUCGUCAGUGUAUGCCGCUCUACAAUUCUCAAAACACAAAUCCAGAAGAGCAGCCAGAAAUAGAGAGGAUACAGAUGUUGUGUAUUCUGCCACUAGAUGCGGCACACGGUCAAAUACUGUAGCCUACUGUAAUGUUUAA